GCCCCGCCCUCCUUGCGCGCUGCACUCAAUGCGCACGCGCGCCCGUGACUGCUGCGCGCCGGAGUCCAAGGGCCUGGCCGCCGCCAUUCCCCGCUGCCGCGAGGCGGGGCCCCCGCUCGACCUCUGCGGGCUUGGAAGGAGGGCACCCCACCUGGCGCCAUGGUCCACGCCUUUCUGAUCCAUACCUUGGGGGCCCCGCAUGCCGAAGACACAGGCCUCUGCAGAGUGCUGUACUCCUGUGUGUUUGGCGCUGAGAAGUCCCCUGAUGACCCCCGGCCACACGGAGCCGAGAGGGACAGGCUUCUUCGCAAGGAGCAGCUCCUGGCAGUGGCCAGGCAGGUGGAGAGCAUGUGGCGACUUCAGCUGCAGGCAUCCGGCCGCGCCUCCCUGGACCCGCCGCCCCAGGCCACUGAUGAACCGGUGGCCCUGCAUGAGGCCCCGCUAGGAGUCUUCGGUCUGGCUGCCGGGGACCCUUUCCGGGAGCCGCAGACGGUGCUGUGGCUGGGUGUGCUCUCCUUGGGCUUUGCCCUGGUGCUGGACGCCCAUGAGAACCUGCUGCUGGCCGAGAACACACUCCGGCUGCUGGCACGCCUCCUCCUGGACCACCUCCGGCUGCUCAGCCCCAACACCAACCUCCUCCUUCGGGUCGAGCGCAUCGAGGCCAUCCUCUCUCGCUUCCUACCCCACGGCCAGCUGCUCUUCCUCAACGACCAGUUCAUUCAGGCCCUGGAGAAGGAACUCAGCACCGCCUGGCCUCGCUGAUCCACCCCUCCCCCACACAAAGUGGGCUGUAGACUUACCCAUGAGGCCCAGCAAAGAGCCCA